AUGGGUAAAGCUGAUGAAGUGUCUGUAAAUGAUGAUAAAUCGUUAAAACCAAAGAAACUCUUGGGCAUCCGCCAUGUUCAAGUGGUACUGCUGUUCUUCGGAAUGCUGUUAGCAUUUGCCAUGAGGGUCAAUAUCAGUAUGGCUAUAGUCGCAAUGACAGAUAAAGACAGUAAAACCAGUUUUAACUGGAGCAUGCAGACUCAGAGCGUGAUCCUAUCUUCCUUCUUCUGGGGCUACAUCAUCCUUCAGAUUCCAGCUGGGGAGUUGGCUGGUAAAUUUGGCGGAAGUAUUCUGGUCACUGCUGUCAUUGUUGGAAAUUCGGCGGUGUCUUUACUCGUACCCUUGGCUGCGUAUUAUGGAGGCUGGCAAGCUCUUUGUGCCUGCCGCGUAUUACAAGGUCUUACCCAAGGUUUCUUAUACCCAUCUAUGCACUCCCUAAUAGGGAAAUGGGUACCACUAGAGGAAAAAAGCAGUUUAGGAACCCUUGUCUAUGGCGGGGCUCAGCUGGGUACUGCUCUGCAGUUACUGGUGUCGGGCUAUAUAGCUGACUAUUGGGGUUGGCCAGCUAUCUUCUACGUAAAUGGAGCUUUAGGCGCGAUCUGGACAGCAGUCUACGUCACAUUCGGGGCUGACUCCCCCCAGUCUUCUAGAAUGAUUAGUGCUGAGGAGAAAUUGUAUAUCCAGACCUCCUUGAAACAAGUUGGUGUGCAAAAGAAACCACAAACGCCUUGGAGAGCAAUCUGUACGUCACUACCGUUCAUAGCGCUUAUCAUCACACACUGUGGACAAAACUGGGGAUUCUGGACACUGAUGACUGAAAUGCCUUCUUACAUGAAACAAAUUCUUGGGGUUGAUAUUAAGUCUAAUGGUGCGAUGUCAGCUCUACCGUAUUUGUCGAUGUAUCUGCUGAGUUUUCCCUUCGGAUUUAUUUCCGAUUAUGUACUUAAGAAGAAACUGUUAAGCAUUAGUGCUUGCAGAAAAGUAUCUAAUUCAAUAGGUUUAUGGGGUCCGGCUGUGUCUUUAGUUGGGUUAUCUUAUGUACCAGCGGGUAAUAUCAAGCUUGCUGUAGCACUGUUGACCCUAGUUGUAGGUCUCAAUGCUGGACAUUAUACAGGAUUUAUGAUCGUUCACAUCGACAUGGCGCCGAACUUUGCUGGUACAUUGAUGGGUAUUACCAAUUUUUUCGCAAAUAUCAUCUCCAUAGUAUCUCCGCUCAUCGCUGGACUAAUAUUGGAAGACGAGACUGAUCCUUCUCAAUGGAGACAAGUAUUUUACCUGUCAUCAGCGGUAUACAUCGGUGCUAAUUUGUUCUUCGUGAUAUUCGGCUCCUGUGAACUACAGCCAUGGAAUACUCCCAAAGAAAACACCGAAAAAGAAACACAAAAGAGGAUCGAAAAAGUAGUUUAA